CCAGGACUUCAGGGACUGAUGAAGCUGGCCAGUUAAAGAUUUCCAGGCGCAAAAUCAGACUUUGAUGAUCCAAGCAUCAGGGAUGAGCCACUGGAGGAUGCAUGAGGAGGCUUGGAUAAGCCUCAGAUGAUGCUCCUGCCCUCCCCUCUCCCAGUUUGAUGAAGAAGGCUCUUUUUGCUGUUAUUAAUGUCGUGGUUGCCCAUCUCCUAAUGUCACAUUCUGUGUCAUGUUGAGCGGAGUGGGAGGAGAAGCCGUUAGCAUGCGGGGAUGAGGGCAGGCCACUGAUCCCACAGACCUACUCCAAGAAACCAUGGCAAACACCUCAGUAUGGUCAACUGAUGCCAACAUCUCUGUGGACGUUGAUGGGGACUCCACCCCAUGCAUUCCCUGGAGGAGCCAGGGCUCUCGUGCAGCCCUUUAUGCAUUCAUCAUGGCCGGGAUAGCCUGCACCGUGGUGGGAAACUUCCUGGUUGUGCUUGCCAUCGCCUACUUCAAGCGGCUGCAGUCGCCCACAAACUCCUUCGUCAUGUCGCUGGCCGUGGCUGACUUCCUGGUGGGCCUCAUAGUCAUGCCCUACAGCAUGGUCCGCACGGUGGAGGGCUGCUGGUACUUUGGGCCUAUCUUUUGCGAGGUCCACUCCAGCCUGGAUGUCAUGCUCUGCACCGCUUCCAUCUUCCAUCUUAGCUGCAUCGCCUUUGACCGCUACUACGCCGUCUGCAACCCGCUGGUGUACACCUUCAAAAUGUCCCGGGCCAGAGUAGGCCUCCUCAUCGUGGUCUGCUGGGUGGUACCCUUGUUGAUCUCCUUUGGACCCAUAAUGCUGGGCCUGCACAAGGCGGGCAUCGACAUCCAGCUGCCUGAGGGCAUUUGCGCCUUCCUGGUCAACCGGGUCUAUGCUGUCAUGGCCUCUUUGGUGGCCUUCUACCUGCCCAUGUUCAUCAUGCUGGUGGCCUACUGGAAGAUCUACAAGGCAGCCAAGCGGCAGGCCAUGCAGAUCAGUGCAAUGGAGCACCAGAUGACUGUGCAAGGCCUGGGCUCGACAGGCAAGAAGCAGAAGCAGCGGCAGAACUCCAUGAGGCGGGAGAGGAAGGCGGCCAAGACCCUGGGCAUCAUCAUGGGCGUCUUCCUUUUGUUUUGGCUGCCCUUCUUCACCACCAAUGUGAUCGACCCCUUCAUUGAGUACCGGACAGCUGGGGUGGUCUGGGAUGUGUUUCUCUGGCUGGGAUAUGUGAAUUCCUCCCUCAACCCUUUUUUAUAUGCCUUCUUCAACCGGUCCUUCCGACGAGCCUUCUUCAUGAUCAUGGGCUGCAGAAUUUGUCUGGCCGGUUCUCCGCCCAGUAUCGAUCUUUCUCUUACUAAGAGGGACGCUAAUGGGCAGAUAGAAAACCAAUAG